GUACAACACCUGGAAGCGGGUUACUAGAUUUGGCCCGUGAGUGCUACGCUAAUCCGAGUUUCCAAACCCUUCCCCCGCCCCCAAUCUCUUCUUCUCCCUCCCACCUUCUGCUGCCUUUGGAUCAAAAAAGUUUUGUUUUUCUUUAUCAGUAGGAGGUAGGUUCCUGAUAAAACUAUCAAUAGGCUCAGAUUUCUUCGUUUCUUGAAUUGCAAUUAUUAAUAAUAUAUAUAGAUUCAUUCAUUUGAUAUCCAAGAAGCGGGGGCAAGGGCUUUCUUUUUCUUUUUUCGUUUCGUGAUUUAUAUAUCUUUACGUAUACAUACAAAUCGAUUUGUUCGCUAUUUUUUGAGAGAGAAUGUCGAAGAAGAAGGCAACCAUGACUCUGAAAGACUUCCAUGGCGGUUCCAUUCCUUCGGAUCUUCCUCUCCCUUCGGCGCCUGGCGUAACUGUGAGGCCUGUGGAUCGUGGUGGGUUUGAUCGCCAGGGGUCAUGGGGCAAUUCAAUGGGAAGGUCCGAUCAUCGGUUACGUCCAGCAUCUGCUGGCUCCUCUAGGAACCUUGAUGAAAAGACUCCAUUUCUAAGUCAUAGUUCACAUAUAGGUCGUAAUUUUGAUGAGGAUGAGCGCAAGCCGUUGGAUGGGGCUUCAGGUCCUCGUCGAACAGUUGGUGAUGACAGCUGUCGUGCUCAAACCAGUCGUGUGGGGGAGCCUAAGACCGAUAAUUUACCUGGUGCUAGAGUUGGUAGUAGAGCUGCUUCAAGUCCCGCAUAUCAAAUUUCAAGUGGUUUGCCUGGUGGCUCUUAUGCAGGGAGGGUUGGCGAAGUACAUAAUGCGAGGUUGAACAGUCAAACUUUUAGUGGCAGUCGAAGUUAUGGAUCAAAUUAUCCAAUUUCGGCUGGCAAUGCUGGGCAGGCAGUUUCUGGAUCCUAUCCAAAUGCCUGGGGAAUAGGGAAGGAGACCCCUAUCAAGAAAGAGCCUGUAUCUGCUGCAUGGUCUGCUCCGGAUGCUGCGUCAAAGUUGGCGCAUGCCAGCGCACUCGAGAAGGUUUCAUCCGGUCGGUGGAGCUCAAAACAACAUGGUCAUCCUUUGAAAGAUGCUGAGGUCUUUGGACAUACCGAAACUGAGGCAGAGUUUGAGCAUAAUGCCAACAAUAUGUUCAGUAAGAAAACCUUCAAUAGGCUUGAUGUGGCGGGUGACUCCAAAAAUUAUGAUAUUGCUCUGGUGAUGCACACUGAAAGAAGUCUGGCUGUUGACGACGGGAUUCAUGGUGGUGGAAAAGAGAUGCCAACAUGUGACAGGGCUAGACCCACAAUUCGUGUGGAGUCGUAUGAUAGAAACACCUCCAUUGCUGCUAAUGGGUUUCAGUCGCUUCACCCUUCUGGAAAGUCCGGUGGGACUCAGUUUCCGUCAACAUUGCCUUCAGAAUCAUCAGAACGCCCAAAGUUGAAGUUGCUUCCAAGAUCCAAACCUUUAGAGAAUUUAGAACUACCAGUUGAUUAUAAGCAGGGAUACGAGCAGACAAGUAGCCGUCCCCAAAUGGAGGAUAGUGUUGUAUAUGGACCUAAAAGUCCCAUUCAAUCUAGUGUUGCUGGAUCGCCUAUUAGUGAUCGAACUCCGGAGCGACCAAAACUGAAUUUGAAGCCGCGAUCACAGCCCCUUGAGCAACAUGAAGGAAAUGGUGAAGCCAAAAGAGGGACUGUUUUUGGGGGAGCUCGCCCACGAGAAGUGGUUCUGAAGGAGCGAGGAAUCGAAGAUGAUGUAAGCAAUUAUGACAGUCAACCUCCUUUGAGGGUAAAAGAAGCCUCACCAAAGGCUGAUACAUUCAUGCAUGUCACUCCUGCAAGCUACAGUGAGAAAGCUGAAGGUAUUCCUACUGAUCAAAGGAUAGGAAAGUACCCUGAUAGGCGAGAUCAUCAGUUGAAUGGUGAGAGAACUGAUUCACAGAGGAGGAGCCGGCAAAAUGAAAUUCGGAGAAACAAUAAGGACAUUGAGAAGCACCGAAAUCAGCAACAGAAGCAGCCACAAGAGAGGCCUCCGUCACCGGAGACUUGGCGCAAACCAGUUGAGCAAGCAAAGCCGCCGUCCCCUGAUGCGCCGCCAUUGCGAUAUGGGAAAGCAGCUUCAGCAGUUGAGCUUGCCCAGGCCUUCUCAAAAUCAGUAUCAGAUCCAACUGUUUCUGACCGCCUCCCUGGUCCUAGAGGCAUUCCCAGCCGCAAUCAGAUGCCUUUUUCUCGACUAAUGGGUCCCACACCCAGGCCUCAGAUUAAUGGUUACUGAGACCAAGCAGUUGUGGAGUAGUAUAACAAUGAGAGGGAAUGUCCUAUGCUGGAUGCUUUGGUUGUGCAACAUUCAGUAAAGCCUAUUAUUGGCAGCAGAAUUUAAGACUUGGGUGCCUGAAAUCUGGAGCCCUGCACCAUCAAGACAACCUGAAGCACUAACAAGAAGAUGGACAACAAAUGUCAAACCGAAUUGUUUUUAUGUUGUGAUGAUCAUAAGUUUAUAUGCUUAUGGGUUAAGUCCGAGUUGUCGUGGAAUAAUUGACUAAACAAUACAUGGUGGAGUUCGUCAUUUAUGGAUUUAAUUUGAAGAAAAUCCUGCUGGUCAAUUAAUGGAACUUAUACA